CCAAAGGAGAGGAAGCGGCCGCGGGAGAGCAAGGAGGCCCCGCGGGCCAGUCUGCUCAGCUUCCAGGACGAGGAGGAGGAAACUGAAGAAGUUUUUAAGGUGAAGAAAUCGAGUUACAGCAAAAAGAUUGUAAAACAGCUGAAGAAAGAAUACAAAGAAGAUCUUGAAAAAUCAAAAGUUAGAACAGAGGCCAAUUCUCCAACAGAUGUCGAACCACCUCUAGAAAAAGCAGGACUGAUCAAGGAUACAAGUCAAGAAGAUGGGACUGCAAACAGUGACCAAGGUGAAGAAGAAAUGGAAGUUGAAAGUGAGAAGGAAGAAGAAAAACCAAAAGCUGGUGGGGCAUUUUCAAGUGCUCUGUCGUCACUAAAUGUUCUCCGACCAGGAGAAAUUCCAGAUGCUGCUUUUAUUCACGCCGCUAGGAAAAAGCGUCAAAUGGCUCGUGAACUUGGGGACUUUACACCUGUUGACAGUGAACCAGGUAAAAGCCGCCUUGUUCGAGAAGACGAAAAUGAUGCCAGUGAUGAUGAAGAUGAUGAUGAGAAGAGGAGGAUAGUUUUUACGGUGAAGGAAAAAUCCCAAAGGCAAAAGAUUGCUGAGGAAAUAGGUAUUGAGGGAAGUGAUGAUGAAGCCUUGGGGACAGGGGAGCAGGAUGAAGAACUCAGUAGAUGGGAGCAAGAACAGAUACGGAAAGGAAUCAACAUACCUCAGGUUCAACCAAGUCAGCCUGCUGAAGUGAAUAAUCUGUACUACCAGAACACUUACCAGACACUGUCCUAUGGUUCAUCGUAUGGCAUUCCAUACACUUAUGCUGCGUAUGGAUCAUCGGAAGCCAAGUCUCAAAAAACAGAUAAUACGGUUCCUUUCAAAACUCCCAGUAAUGAGAUGACUCCUGUUACUAUUGAUUUGGUAAAGAAACAGCUUAAAGACAGGUUGGACUCUAUGAAAGAAUUGCACAAGGCCAAUCGGCAGCAAUAUGCGAAACACCAGCAAAGCCGGGAGGACUCUACCAAGGCAAUUGAGAGAUUAGAAGGGUCUUCUGGGGGUAUUGGUGAACAGUAUAAGUUUUUGCAAGAAAUGCGAGGGUAUGUCCAAGACUUGCUUGAGUGUUUCAGUGAAAAGGUAAGGAUGCAAAAACAUUCAUCUUUUUUCAAAAAAAAAAAAAAAAAAUGUAGGGAAUUGUAGUAUGUGCC